UAACAAACCUCUUUUGCCGGCGAGAGCAAAAACACAGUUUGCCAAACUUACGAGAGAGAUGUCGAAGACGCUGGUGCAGCCGGUAGGGCAGAAGAGGUUGACGAACGUCGCAGUGGUUCGAUUGAAAAAGCAAGGCAACCGCUUUGAGAUCGCUUGCUACAAGAAUAAGGUCCUUUCAUGGCGCUCCGGCGUAGAAAAGGACAUAGAUGAAGUGUUGCAGUCACAUACUGUUUACUCAAAUGUGUCCAAAGGAGUUCUUGCUAAAUCGAAAGACUUGAUAAAGGUCUUUGGAUCUGAUGAUCACACCAAGAUCUGCUUGGAGAUUUUGGACAAAGGUGAGCUUCAAGUUGCUGGAAAAGAGAGAGAGUCGCAGCUCUCAAGCCAGUUUCGGGAUAUUGCUACCAUUGUAAUGCAGAAAACCAUUAACCCUCAAACUCAACGGCCUUAUACCAUUAGCAUGGUAGAACGUCUAAUGCAUGAGGUACACUUUGCUGUGGAUCCUAAUAGCAAUUCCAAGAAGCAGGCUCUUGAUGUCAUACGCGAGCUGCAGAAGCACUUCCCUAUAAAGCGUUCUCCAAUGAGACUGCGUCUCACUGUUCCUGUUCAGAACUUCUCCUCGCUUUUGGAGAAGCUAAAAGAAUGGGAUGCUUCUCUUGUCUCCAGAGACGAAUCUGGAACUCUGAUGUCCACUGUCUGCGAGAUGGAACCGGGACUAUACCGAGAGUGUGAUUCUCUUGUGAGGAGUAUGCAGGGGAGAUUAGAGAUACUCGCUGUAUCAGUUCACGCUGAAGGUGACACAAGCAUGGAUCAUUACGAUGAGCAUGACGAUAUGACAAACAAGACAUUGUUACCUCCUGUUGAGACUGAGACAGAUACCAUCGUUGAACUUAGCAAGAAAAUGCAGAAGCAAGAGAUAGGUACUGGUAACACUAAGGACACAAAGCAAGAAGGAGAAGGAAAAGGGAUCAAGUGCAGUACCUGCAACACUUUCGUUGGAGAAGCUAAGCAAUACAGAGAGCAUUUCAAGAGUGAUUGGCACAAACACAACCUGAAGCGUAAGACUCGUAAACUCCCUCCUCUUACUGCUGAAGAAUGCUCGGCUGAGGUCGAUAUGGAUGACUCCAGAUCAGACUUGAAAGAUUACUCUUUCUGAAAUUUACAGAUUUGGCAAUGACUGCCUUUGCGUUUGUCAGUUUGAUGCAUAUGUGAGUAUGAAACACGCAAAUUUGUAGGUUCUAUCAGGAAUGAAUUAUGAUUACUGUUGCAGUUUACAAAGACCCUUUUCUGAGUUUAUAAAUACCUUUCAC